AUGAAAGGGACUGUCUCAGGAUUCGUGUUCUUCAUAGCCAUCAUUAUAGACAAUUCUCAGACUCAGGAAACAGAUUCCGUAAAUGAUGAAAAUGAUAAAAUUGACUUCGAGGGAUUUCGAGGUUAUAAAUACUCUACUGAAGCUGCAGUAGAGGCAUAUACGUACACACUGGUAGGAUAUGGUGCUUUUACGUUUCCUUCUGAAUUAUGGACGUCGGAAAAUAGCAUUCACUCCACUUCUACAAUACAAGCGGAUAUAGAUUACACAGAUUCACAAGGGAAUGUUAAGUUCUGCGAGACAACAGUUUACGGCUGCUGUUUGGACGGUGAGACUCCAGCGCAUGGACCUCAGAACGAAGGCUGCUGUUUGCGAUCCAGAUUCGGUUGCUGUCCCGAUAACUAUAAGCCGGCUGAAGGACCGCAUCUUGAAGGCUGUAGCUGUAUGAAUGCCCACUAUGGAUGCUGCCCAGAUAAUGUAACAAUCGCUCGAGGAACUAAAUACGAGGGUUGUGGCUGUCAAUACUCUCUGCAUGGCUGCUGCCCUGACAAGCUCACUCCAGCCAAUGGUGUAGACUUUGAAGGUUGUGGAUGCCAUACGUAUCAGUUUGGAUGUUGUCCUGACGGUAUCACCAUCGCCAUAGGGCCAUAUCUACUGAACUGUUUAUGCCAAGAAACUAUAUACGGCUGCUGUGGAGAUGAUGUCACCGAGGCUAAAGGACCGAAUAAAGAAGGAUGCGAUUGUUCUAGUAGCAAAUAUGGAUGCGAUGCUGAUGGUAUUACUGAGGCUGGUGUCGACACGUUUCAAAAUAAUACAGUCAUACUAAAUAUAAAUGAAGAUGAAUGUAACCUUUCGCUGGAGCGUGGUUCGUGUGCUGGUAACUUUCUCCGCUGGGGCUAUGAUCCCAACUCGCGCCGCUGCUCUCAGUUUAUUUGGGGAGGUUGUGGUGGUAAUACCAACAGAUUCAACUCAGAAGCCGCCUGCAUGCAGCAGUGCAACCCUCCAGGCGUCCUGCAAGAGAAGGAAGACAUAUGCACUCUUCCUCUUCUAUAUGAAAAUUGUUAUCACUGUUACCCACGUUGGUUUUAUGACAUGACGACUAGAAGGUGUAGAAUGUUUUUCGGAAAUGGUAAAAAUGCAAACAAUUUUGACAACAAAGAAACGUGCAUGAAUCAAUGUGAAGAAGAAUUCGAGGUAGAAAUUGUGCGUCCCGAGAUAGAAAAGCCCAGCGUCUGUCAUCUGAACCUAAAUAGUGGACCCUGCUCUGAUACCAUAAAUCGAUGGGGUUAUGAUACUCAGAGAGAUGCCUGUGUGCAGUUCCAAUACGGGGGUUGUGGGGGCAACAAGAAUAACUUCCCAUCAAAGGAGAUGUGCCAUCGCCAAUGCAUGUUGCAAGAUAUAUGCAAACUACCAACAGUCAAAACUCCUUGUAAUAGUAGUGGCACUGAGUGGUUUUAUGAUGCAGCUACUGACUCCUGCACCCUUUUUGGUGAUAAUAUUUGUGGAAACAAUGAAAAUAGCUAUCCAAAGGACUCGGGGCCCUGUCAUGAGGCUGUACCAAAAGUUUACUACAAUUCAAAAGCGGAACGAUGCGAAAACUUUACUUAUGGCGGAUGCCGCGGCAGUCCUAAUCGCUUCUCUAGUAUUGAGGAGUGUAACUAUAUAUGUAGACCACAUGCAAAUCCUUGUCAGCUAAUUCCUGAUGUAGGGGAUUGCACGGAACAAAUAGCUAAAUGGUACUACUACGAAAUUGAAGAUAAAUGUUUUAAAUUUAUUUACAGUGGAUGCAAUGGAAAUAGUAACAGGUUUGAUUCUCAAGUAGAAUGUGAGAACCGUUGCCGUGUGGUCAAAGAUACAGCCACUAAAGGACCUCUUACUACUCCUUCAUCAACUGGUGAGUGUCGUACUCCGGUUUCUAUUCAGCCGUGUGGUCCUAACGUGAACACGUAUUACUACGACUCUAGAACAGAGGCCUGUGUUGUUGGAAGCACUGAAUCUCUGUCAACAAAAAUCAAACAGAGUACAACAGCAACAGAGACUACGCAAGCUGCCACUGAAAGCACGGUUUCAGAACCCUCAUCUUCAACUGAGGCAACAAAAGCUUCAGAUAGUACAAUAGCAUCUGGUUCCACAGAAACUGUGAUAACAGAUUCAUUCACUGAAACAACAGAACACACUAUUACAGACACGACACUUGAAUCAAAAAAUACUCUAUCUACUGAAACGACAGAGAUUUCCUAUACAACAGGAAGUAGCAUAGACGUAACAACUGAAUCUGAUACGACCGACUCUGUUACUACAGAGGUAUCCAGUACAAAAACUUGCAAGGAAACGAAAUUUGGAUGCUGUCCUGAUGGCGUGUCACCAGUUGGUAGCAUGACGGGCAAGGGCUGCCCAGUGAUUUUGUGUGAAUUAACUUUGUAUGGAUGUUGUUCAUCUGAUAAUGUUACCGUAGCUGUAGGAAAUGACCAAGAAGGGUGUCCUCCACCUCCACCAGCCUGUAAACUAUCUAAAUUUGAGUGCUGCGAUGAUAAUGAAACCGAAGCGAGUGGACAAAACAAAGAAGGUUGCACGGAAACAGCUACGGAAACCUCGACACUGACUACGCUUGAAUCAUGCAACGACACUGAAUUCGGAUGUUGUUAUGACAAUGAAACUGAUGCCUCAGGACCAAAUGGAGAGGGCUGUCCAUGCAGCAUCAGUGAAUUCGGAUGCUGCUCUGAUGGUAUUUCGACUGCUCAAGGACCAGACUUAGAAGGAUGUUUCAUGUCCUGUGACACAUCAGCUUACGGCUGCUGUCCUGACGGUGAGACUCCAGCGCACGGACCUCAGAAUGAAGGUUGUUGUUUGCAAUCCGCAUUCGGCUGCUGUCCCGACAAUUAUAAGCCCGCUGAAGGACCGCACCUUGAAGGCUGUGCCUGUAUGUUUGGCCAAUUUGGAUGCUGUCCAGAUAAUGUAACAAUUGCUCGUGGAGGAAACAACGAAGGAUGUGGAUGUCAGUACAAUCAGCACGGUUGUUGUCCCGACAGACAUACUGCAGCCAGAGGGCCAGACUUUGAAGGUUGUGGUUGCCACACGUAUCAGUUCGGUUGUUGUCCUGAUGGUAUUACCGCUUCCACUGGACCAAACUGGCAUGGUUGUUUAUGCCAACAAUCUAAAUAUGGUUGCUGUGGAGAUGACGUCACAGAGGCCAUGGGACCAAAUAAGGAGGGAUGUGAUUGCUCUAGUAGCAAAUACGGAUGCUGCCCUGAUGGUGUAACGGAAGCUGCUGGCGAGAAAUUCCAAAAUUGUACAGAUGCACCUGAAAAUAGACAAGCGGCAUGCGCUUUAGCGAAUGACCGAGGUGUAGGCCACAACUAUACAGUUUAUUGGUUUUAUAAUAUGACAUAUGGUGGUUGUUCGAAAUUCUGGUACGGAGGAGAGGACGGCAAUGGAAACCGAUUUGCAAGUAAAGAGGAAUGUAUGGCCAUUUGCGUUAACCCGACUCCUAAAGACGAUUGCAACCUCCCCAAAGUAAAGGGUGCGUGUACUGGUUACCACGUUAAAUGGUACUACGACUCGGUCAGAGAACAAUGUGCUCAGUUUGUAUAUGGAGGAUGUCUUGGAAACGAUAAUAACUUUGAAUCUCGGGAGCUCUGUCAAAAGAGCUGUGAACCAGAAAAAACUGAAGAUCAAUGCAAUCUGCCGAUUGAGCGAGGGACCUGUGCUGGUAAUUUCUUGCGCUGGGGCUACAACUCUGCCACACGCCGCUGCUCUCAAUUCAUUUGGGGAGGCUGCGAGGGCAACAACAACCGAUUCGGCUCUGAAGCCGCGUGUAUGCAGUGGUGCAACCCUCCUGGCUCGUUACAAGCGGAAUGCAUUCUUCCACAAGAGGCAGGCAACUGCACUGAAAAGCGGCCGGUCUGGUCUUUCAGCCAGACUGAGAAUCGAUGUGUGCCCUUCUAUUACACGGGCUGUGGAGGCAACGAUAAUCAGUUCGGCAGUGAACGAGAUUGUGUUGAUGCUUGUCCUAGCACCUUCGUCCAAGAAGUUUGCACAUUGCCGGCAUUAACUGGUGAAAGUGCAGAUUACACACUGAGAUGGUUCUACGACACAUCAAAGAGAAGAUGUCGCCAAUUCUAUUACGGAGGAUGUGGUGGAAAUGCAAACAACUUUAUAAGCGAACGCCAAUGUGAAGAUCGUUGCUCGGAACAAGUCGUCGUUACAACGAUAGCACCCAUCGCUACACCACAAACAUCUGAAUUCUGUUUCCUGGGAUUGGAUCCUGGCCCAUGCACACAAUUUGAAGAACGUUGGGGAUAUGACCCAUCACUCGGGUCUUGUGUACAGUUCCAGUACGGAGGUUGUGGUGGUAAUAGAGAUAACUUCCCAUCUAAAGAGCUCUGCCAACAUUACUGCUCCCCAGUACAAGAUACUUGCCAGUUGCCGAUGAUAACUGGACCGUGUGAGGACUCCCAUAUGCAAUGGUUCUACGAUGCUACAACUGACUCUUGCACACAGUUUGCUUACAGUGGAUGUGGAGGAAAUGAGAAUCGGUUUGGAAGUCGUGAAGAAUGUGAACAUCGUUGCAAGACUGGUCCACCCUCUGUCAGUACUACGACGAUCGCACCGGCGGUCGUAUCAAUACAGUGUCGAGUCUCUCCGACAUUAGAGGAAUGUGAAGGGGCAGGGGAAGUAUGGUUUUUCGAUGACACCCUACGUGCUUGUGUCUCCCACCAAAACGUUGACUUGGGUCGUUCCUGCAGGGUAACUGCGGUAUAUUCUACUCAAGAGGAAUGUGAGAGGAUCUGUGGAGCAUUCCAGGGUGUUGAUGUAUGCCGCACAGUGUUGGAUCCAGGACCAUGUCACGAUGUAAUCCCUAAAAUUUUCUACAACGCAACAAAUGACCAAUGUGAGCCUUUCACCUACAGCGGUUGCCUCGGAGGUCCCAAUCGCUUCGCUGACUACGAUGAGUGCGAGUCAGUUUGCAGACCAUUAUCAAAUCCAUGCAAGCAGGAACUAGAUCCAGGUAAAUGCUUAGGCGAAUUCAGCAAAUGGUACUACAGUGAACAGCAAGACAUAUGUAGAGAGUUUAUUUACGGAGGCUGUUAUGGAAACGAUAAUAGGUUUGAUUCUCAAGUAGAAUGUGAGAACCGUUGCCGUGUGGUCAAAGAUAAAGCCACUAAAGGACCUCUUACUACUCCUUCAUCAACUGGUGAGUGUCGUACUCCGGUUUCUAUUCGGCCGUGUGGUCCUAAUGUGAACACGUAUUACUACGACUCUAGAACAGAGGCCUGUGUUGUUGGUGAUUUUGGUGCUUGCGGAUAUGCUAACAGUUACCGCUCCGAAGAGGAAUGUGAAAAGCGAUGCGGUGUUUUCAAAGGACUUGGAGGAAGCACUGAAUCUCUGUCAACAAAAGUCAAACAGAGUACAACAGCAACAGAGACUACGCAAGCUGCCACUGAAAGCACGGUUUCAGAACCCUCAUCUUCAACUGAGGCAACAAAAGCUUCAGAUAGUACAAUAGCAUCUGGUUCCACAGAAACUGUGAUAACAGAUUCAUUCACUGAAACAACAGAACACACUAUAACAGACACGACACUUGAAUCAAAAAAUACUCUAUCUACUGAAACGACAGAAAUUUCAUAUACAACAGGAAGUAGCAUAGACGUAACAACUGAAUCUGAUGCGACCGACUCUGUUACUACAGAGGUAUCCAGUACAAAAACUUGCAAGGAAACGAAAUUUGGAUGCUGUCCUAAUGGCGUGUCACCAGCUGGUAGCAUGAUGGGCAAGGACUGCCCAAUGAUUUCGUGUAAAUUAACUUUGUAUGGAUGUUGUUCAUCCGAUAAUGUCACCGCAGCUUUAGGGAAUGACCAAGAAGGGUGUCCUCCACCUCCACCAGCCUGUAAACUAUCUAAAUUUGGUUGCUGCGAUGAUAAUGAAACCGAAGCAAGUGGUCUAAAUAAGGAAGGUUGCACGGAAACAGCUCAAGGACCAGACUUAGAAGGAUGUUUCAUGUCCUGUGACACAUCAGCUUACGGCUGCUGUCCUGACGGUGAGACUCCAGCGCACGGACCUCAGAAUGAAGGUUGUUGUUUGCAAUCCGCAUUCGGCUGCUGUCCCGACAAUUAUAAGCCCGCUGAAGGACCGCACCUUGAAGGCUGCGCCUGUAACUUUGCCCAAUUUGGAUGCUGUCCAGAUAAUGUAACAAUUGCUCGUGGAGGAAACAACGAAGGAUGUGGAUGUCAGUACACUCAGCACGGUUGCUGUCCCGACAGACAUACUGCAGCCAGAGGGCCAGACUUUGAAGAUUCUGGUACGGAGGAGAGGAUGGUAAUGGAAACCGAUUUGCAAGUAAAGAGGAAUGUAUGGCCAUUUGCGUUAACCCGACUCCUAAAGACGCUUGCAACCUCCCCAAAGUAA